AUGGGCGCGUCCACGUCGUCGGUGGUCGAUCGUUCGCCAGAAUUGAUGGCUGACGAGAGUACUAAGUUUGUGUCUCACAUGAUUACUUUCCCGUUACACAUAUUUCCGUAGACCUAUUCCUAAUUCGGUCGACGAUGGCCUGUCCCUCACCAAGCAGCCUGAGAGGCAGCCGGUCGAUUGGCCGGCGCCGCCCCGUGUACUCCAGUAAGCGCAAUCGUCUCAAAUGAUUUUUUGGCCCAGAACCAACGAGAUUAUACCUAACGUCCCGUCUUUUCCUUGGAGUUUCCCGCCUCAGCCUAUGCCAACAACCUCAAACCAGUAAGCGAGUUUCAUUAGUGGAUACUUGAGGUUGGCUACCGAAAAGCCGACAUCGUUUACCCUGCCAACUGACAGCACAGCGUGCUGCAAGCAGGUGCAUCAAGACCUGGAGAUUUUGAUGGCGUCCAUCAAGUAAGACCGUUGCCACUGUCGUUGACAACAGCUUAGAAAGAAAACUAGCUAUGUGACCGGCCAGUUCGUUGUCCUGUUCGACAAAUUAAGGGAGAUCAGGGCAACAUUGACGGAUGUUGUCAGUGCAGUGGAGAGGAACGCCACCACCGCUAACAGCAGCCCUUCUCAUUCGCAUUUGUCAUUGUCCACCGCCGAAGACCCUGCCAACGACAGCCCCCCUCCUCUACGCUUGCCCUUGUGUACCGCCGAAGCCUACGAAGACUUCGUCCGUCGGCUAAGUACGCAGGCUGGUUUUGCAGACGAAUUGGUAUGCAAAUUUAUGUAAUGGAUGGUUCUCAGGUAAAACGGUUGUCCUUGGUUACAGGGCGGAAUGAAAAGGAGUACAUUAGAAAUCUCUUAAGCUCCCUUCUGGCUCCACCGCUGUGCUUGAACUUCUGCUGGGCGGGAUCCGCUAGAAAGCGGUCUUUUGUUGGCUGCCCCCUGUCUACCAUUCUCUAUGGUAUAACUACUUUAUUAACUCGCACGCAUAGAUAUUAUUCGACGGAAUCCGACAUUUAAUAAAUGUGAGGUGGAAAUAGUGCGAAUGACUGCCAUUGGAUGGUUUCAUGGAUCAGUAGACCGAUAUGGUGGACGAACGAAACGCAGGGCUUCCGCUAGGAAGGUAAUGCAUUUGGUUUUGAAUUAUCGCCAAAACAUCUUUAGUUUCCGUCAGGCUCCAUCAACGCCUCCGCUUACCCGCGACCAUCUUCCUCCGAGGACAUCGUAAAGACACAAUAUUACCAUUACUAUUCUUCAUGCUAUUUGCAUUACGCGUAUUAUUAAUCAUGUCGUCCUUCCAGCCCAAUUUUACAAGGAUUUUGUUGGCAGGACCUGAUCAAAGGACUUACUUCCCAGCGCUGUCUCCAAAACUUUGUGCCACUUGUUGCUUCCGUCAAAAUAUCGAAUUCGCCAGCUUAUUGUAGGAAACACCUCUCCGACCAGGCACUUGUAACAUUUGAAUGCUCCUUACGCUGCCUGAAUUAGUUGGAGCACAUGGUGUAAGGCAUCCGCAUUUACGUUUGAGCCUCUCGACUCUCCCUCACCGUUUCUCCCUGAACAGUGCGAAGGCCUAUGAAAGGGCCCCUACAAAAGCCGCAAAGUCCUCUGCGGCAGAUUUUGCGUCACUUUAAUGGGAAUGCUUGGAAGGGGGAGUAUGGUGCGUCAAAAUGCGUCGGCUAAUUCCACACUAGAUGCGGUACGUUGUCGCGAGCACAACCGACGGCUUUUUAUGUAGGGAGUGUCCUUAAGCACAGUAGCUGUUUCUUUGUGUAGUUUCCCUCCACUUUGAUCACUAUGCGACCGACUUUCGUGGACAUUUAUAUGAAAAAACCACCAAUCUGGGUCAUCGAACGUGCUUUAACUGGAAAUACUGGAAAAAAUGGGAGAUUUACCAUGGACAAUUAUCACGUUUAGUGAAAGUGCGCGAAUGAACAGGUAAAGUACCAACGGCGAACGCGGUCAGGUUACUUUGCAGCCGAUUUGCGGCAGGGCCGCAUUUGCCCCCUAUGCAUUCGUUUUAUUUGUCACUGCACGUCGGUCAGUGGUGUUCAUCACCACCGGCGAACCGGAAGAUCCCCCAACUUCUGUUUGGUACCACCGCCUUCAACACCAACUUAUGCACUUUCACUGUCACUGAGAGUUACAGUUCGCUCUCUAACAGUUGUAG